CUCCUCAAUUACAAACCCCCAAACUCAUACUUAAGAAUUUCUUCACCGCAAUCAAGUUGGCAUAUGUCGUUGAAAAACAAUUCGAAUUUAUCCAAUCAAAGAUUUAGUCUUUGCCCCACCAACGGCCGUCAAACCGUUGGAGAUGGGGCUGUAACUCUCGACACUCCUAGUGUGCUUGCUGUGUGCCAGAUGCAGGGCACUGAUGACAUGUACUACUAUUCUACUACGUUCUCUGGCGGGCCCGGGUGGCGCUUUUGACACACCCAAAGCAAAAUGCCCUCCUGACCGAGGGUCGUCGGAAUGUGUGACAGGCAUCCCGGCGCCACUUACCCCCAAUCUCUCCAUAUCUUCUUCUCCCGAAUCCUACUAUACUUCUGCAUAUCCUAAGCAGCACACAUAUGUUCGCGGUUCUUUUCCUUUCCCAAAAACCUCAGUUGGACCUUGCGCUAUCCCAGCUCGAACCAGCAGUGGUAGCUCUGAAUCAUCUACACCUCCCCUCACUCCUGAUGACGGUAGUGACUGUAGCGAUCGUAGCAUCUCUCCCUCUUUGAUGCAGCAGAAGGAUGCCAUGGACUUUCUUAUGACGCUUUUCCCAACUGGUCUUGGAGCUCUUCCUUAUGCGAAGAGUAUCUCCAUUUCGGCCCCGAACAUGGGUUCAGCUUUCAACGGAAUGGUCCUUGAACUACCUGGAAAACCCAGAACACUCUACGUGGACGCAAAGAACGCAGAGAGCGUCAGCCUCAGAGAAAGCGUCGUCGCACUUUUGGAUCUUGCGGACGACCAGCUGGAGUGCUCUGCUCUCGUGAUUGUUCUGGAACGGUCGUCACCGGCCCUGGGAGAAAUUCUGCAUUCUCUCAUGUAUGUAGGUGGCUCGGUCGUCACUAAACAUCCGUUCCCGGUCGACAGGGCUUUCGUCCUCGUUGGAUUGGAGAUCUAAAUAUGACCAUCACUGCUGUUUAUCCGAUAUGCCUUGUUACUACGUAGGCGGGAGUUCAAUGCUCACUGUAAUUAAUGGCUAAACCAACGUGUGCUAUCGAAGCUUUAAAAGACAACCACAUUUUGAUUGAAAACGAGCACGAAUUCAGAUUUUAUGUAUAUCGGUGCUUCUUAGCAGAUCAAUGACACCGGCGUUACAUC